AUGUCCACAUGGUGGGUACCUCCAGGGCUAGACUUCUUUCAAAAGAGCGCCCUCGAAGACCUUCCAUUCGCGGAGUCACCUGAAAAUGAUGAAUUUGAUUAUCCUUGGUUCCCUGCUCAGUCUUGGGACAGUCGCAUUUCCGAAGCCCAUUCCGUUCGAUCCUUCGCCUACCGCUCGAGAUUCAUUAAGUUCUCAACCAAACACUCUACCGUCUUCAUCAGUCUCCUCAACACCGGUCCUAUCUACUGA